CGUGCGUCAUCAGGAGUCGACAAAAUGUAACGCCUGCUAGCGAGAUAAAAGCCGCUUUCCUUUUCUUCUGCUACACGAGUAGUUAAAGAUAAGUGCAGAAACACUUCUGUGAUGGAAGAUUACCAACUCAUGUGUUUUCUAGGAUGACGGCGGUGAAACGGGAGGAGCAAUGAGGGUCUUUGGGCCAGCAGAGCUGUUCGCAGGCUUCUGCCAUUCGGACGAGCAGAAUCCUUUCCCCGUGUGGCAGGAUGGACACGUCAGCUCGUGUUUUAACCAGCUGGUCCUCGGAGCCGUGCCUCACGCGGGGAUGGCCGUCUUCAGCGCCUGCUACCUCGCUGUGCAAAGACGCGACCUCCUCCAGACGCCCCCCCCCUGUGGCUGGACACUCCGGCGGGUGUCGGCUCUGCUGGCGGCGCUGCUCUUCGCUGCCGACGUGGUGCUGGUGAGCCUCCUGCAGCAGGCGGACUUGUACCUGGACAUCCUGGCCGACAGCUGCGCCGUCCUGGCCUGGCUGGUCCACUUCGGUGCCGUCACGGUGCUCCAGAGGACGGCUUUCAGGAGAACCAGAGGACCUCCUCUGCUGCUUCUACUGGUUCUUCUGUCUGUCCCGAACCUGGUCGUCACUCUGAUGAUUUACUGCAACGAUCAGGAAUAUCUGAACCUCGUGGAGCCUCUUGAAUUUGCUCGUUUUGUGCUCUCCUCGGCCCGGACGCUCCCCCUUCUGGUUUAUCUUCUGGCAUUUGCGUUUCCCUGCAUCAGCGAUGCCGGAUACACUUUGCACAUCAACGCUGUGGAUGGAUCCCCACUCGUCCCAGAGAGCACCCAGCCGGAUACAGGGGAGAUGGUGGCCGAGGACGGGAGCGGCUGCGUCUCGCGGCUCUUCUACCUGUGGCUGACUCCUCUCCUCAGGCGAGGACAGCGAGGGGAGCUGGACAGACCAGCUGACGUCUAUCACCUCCCUCGGAAGCUUCAGACUACUGUGGUGUGCCGAUACUUCCACCAGUGCUGGGAAGCCUGCCGACGAGGGGCGGCAGUCAGUAACGGGCGAGAUCAGUGGCCUCGGCCGGUCAGCAGGAACCUCCUGAGCGGCACCUGGAGUUCACAAUACCGGGAGGAACCACUGGAGCUGCAGGGUGACGUAGGCCUGCUGAGGGUGCUGCACAAGGCGUUCGGGUUGCGCUACUACGCCCUCGGUGUGCUGAAGGUGGCGGUGAACAUGCUGAGCUUCACAGGUCCCCUGCUCCUCAGCAGUCUGGUGAACUUCAUGGAGGACGAGGGAGCUCCAGUCAGCUGGGGGGUCUGGUGCGCUCUGGGGCUCUUUGCCACCACCCUUCUCUCUUCCUUCCUCCAGAACAUCUUCGUCUUCGAGGUCUCCAAGGUGGCACUGUCGGCGCGCGCCGCUCUGGUGUCAGCCGUUUACAGCAAAGCCCUGCAGGUCAGCGGCUGCAGCCUGGCCGGCACCACGCUGGGAGAGGUGGUGAACCUGAUGAGCACGGACACCGACCGCGUGGUCAACUUCUUCAGCAGCUUCCACGAGCUGUGGAGCUUGCCCCUGCUGUUUGCCAUCACCCUCUACCUGCUGUACCUGCAGGUGGGCGUGGCUUUCCUCGGGGGGCUCUGCGUGGCGCUGCUGCUGGUGCCCUUCAACAAGUUCCUCGCUUCACGAAUUCUCAGCAACAACCAACACAUGCUCCGGCACAAGGACAGCCGGGUUAGGCUGAUGACGGAGAUCCUCUUCGGCAUUCGCGUCAUCAAGUUCUACGCCUGGGAGCCUCACUUCACUCAGAAGGUCGCCGACUGUCGUAAACAAGAGCUGUCCCACCUCAAGGCCCUCAAGUACCUGGACGCCAUGUGUGUUUACACCUGGGCCGCUCUGCCGGUGGUCAUCUCCAUCCUCACCUUCGUCACCUACGUGCUGCUGGGACACCAGCUGACUGCGGCCAAGGUGUUCACCACGCUGGCUUUGGUGGGGAUGUUGAUCAUCCCUCUCAACUCGUUCCCCUGGGUGCUCAACGGCAUCCUGGAGGCCAAAGUGUCUCUGGAGCGAAUCCAACGCUUCUUCAAACUGACCAACCAGGAUCUGCCGGCGUACUACGCCCUCGUGUCUCCUGAAGACAGUCAGACAUCGAUCCUGUUGAGCCAGGGGACAUUUUCCUGGCAGGGGCCCGACAAAGAGAGAGAAAGUGAAGCUGGAGCUGCUAAAGGGAGUCUGCUGCUGCACAGCCUCACUCUGCACGUCACCAAGGGCUCUCUGGUUGUGGUGGUGGGGAAGGUCGGCUGUGGGAAGAGUUCCUUACUGGCUGCUCUCACUGGAGAACUCAACAGGCUGAGUGGGGUGGUGUACGUCGCAGACCGAGAGGCCGGAUUCGGUCUGGCGUCUCAGGAGCCGUGGAUCCAGCAUGCAUCGGUGCGGGACAACAUCCUGUUUGGCAAAGACUACGAUCCUGACUUCUACCAGGCUGUGAUCGACGCCUGCGCCCUCUCCGACGACCUCAACGUUUUGCCGAACGGUGACCGGACAGAAGUUGGAGAGAAUGGAGUGACUCUGAGCGGAGGACAGAAGGCUCGUCUGGCCCUCGCCAGAGCUGUUUACAUGGACAAAGACAUCUACCUCCUCGAUGAUCCGCUGGCAGCAGUCGACGCCGAUGUGGCCGAACACCUCAUGAAGAAGUGCAUCAUGGAGCUGCUCAGGGGGAAGACCAGAAUCCUUUGCACACACCGCGUGGAGUUUGUGGACAAAGCCGACAUGGUGGUCCUCAUGGAGAACGGAACGAUCGUCAAAACGGGCACACCAGCAGAAAUCCUGCCUCUGGUCGAGGCGGUGCCGAAGAAACGGAAGAAUGACCACAACAUGAGAAAGAAAGAUGGCGUGCAGCAGCAGCAGGAGGAAGAGGAGGAGGAGCCGGUUUCCUCCCCUAAUCUGUGUGUGGAUGAUGACCCUGACCUGUUGGGGGCGGAGCAGAAGCAGGUGGGCGGGCUGGCGUGGAGAGUUUACCAGACCUACUGGGUCGCUGUGGGCGGAGUUCUGGCCGCCUCCAUCCUGAUGUCGCUGCUCCUCAUGCAAGCCUCUAAGAACGUGUCUGACUGGUGGCUGUCUCACUGGAUCUCAGAGCUGAAAAACAACGGCUCCACCAGAACAAACAGUUCCUCCUCGUGUGCCUUCAGCUCACCACACCUGCUGCUCUUCUCACCAGGAGGGUUAAUGUCUCCUCUGUCCUCUCUGCAAACACUCUCCUCGAGCAGCAACAUGAGCUCCGAUGUCAGGUUUUACCUGACGGUGUACGGUUCCGUCGCGGCGGCCAACACCGUCUUCACCGCCCUCAGGGCCUUCCUCUUUGCCUACGGAGCCAUCUGCGCCGCCGCGGCCAUCCACGACAGGCUUCUGGAGCGGGUCCUUAAGGCCACCGUGUCCUUCUUCGACACCACCCCGAUGGGCCGCGUUCUCAACCGGUUCUCCUCGGACCUGUACACCGUGGACGACAGCCUGCCGUUCAUCCUGAACAUCCUGCUGGCCAACGUGUUCGGCCUGCUGGGCAUGCUGGUGGUGAUCAGCUACGGCCUCCCCUGGGUGCUCGCGCUCCUGCUGCCCCUAGCUCUGGUGUGCCACCGCACGCAGCGCUUCUACCGACACACCUCCCGGGAGCUGAAGCGCCUGUGCAGCAUCACUCUGUCGCCCGUCUACUCGCACUUCUCCGAGACGCUGACCGGUCUGGGAACCAUCCGGGCCAGCGGCAGCUCUGCCAGGUUCGAGGAGGAGAUCGCCCGGCGUCUGGAGCAGAACCAACGCUGCCUGUUCCUGAGCAACGCCGCCAUGCAGUGGCUGAGCAUCCGCCUGCAGCUGAUCGGCGUCGUUGUGGUCACCGGCCUCGGGGUGCUCGCUGUCGUCCAGCACCAGUAUAAUUCUGUCGAUCCAGGUCUGGUGGGUCUAUCCCUGUCCUACGCCCUGUCCAUCACGCUCCUGCUGUGCGGCCUCAUAUUCAGCUUCACCCAGACUGAGAUGCAGCUGGUGAGCGUGGAGAGAACUGAGGAGUACUCCACCGGGCUUCCUACCGAGCCGCAACACCAGAACACACAGCUGCCGCCGGCGUGGCCCGAGCAGGGCUGCCUGGAGCUCCGCGGUGUGGUCCUGGCCUACAGGGACGGUCUCCCCAACGCCCUGGACGGAGUCAGCCUGGUGGUGCGAGCCGGGGAGAAGGUGGGCAUCGUGGGACGCACGGGCUCCGGGAAGUCCACCCUGUUCCUGGCCCUGUUCCGCAUGGCGGAGCUGAACCAGGGUCAGAUCCUCCUGGACGGGCUGGACAUCAGCACUGUGGGCCUGGCUCAGCUCAGGUCCAGGUUGGCCAUUAUUCCUCAGGACCCCUUCCUGUUCAGCGGGACCGUCAGGGAGAAUCUGGACCCGUGUGGGCGACACUCGGACCAGCAGCUGCUGGACGUGGUGGACCAGUGCCACCUCGGCUCUGUGGUCAGCAGGAUGGGUGGUCUGGAUGCUGAGGUUGGGGAGAGAGGGAAGUCCUUCUCUGUGGGACAGAGACAGCUGCUGUGUCUGGCCAGAGCUCUGCUGACUCAGGCCAAGGUUCUGUGCAUCGAUGAAGCUACAGCCAGCGUGGAUCAGAAGACGGACAAACUGCUGCAACAGACCAUCAGAGAGAAGUUCCAGCACCAGACCGUCCUCACUAUUGCUCACAGGAUCAACACCAUCAUGGACUGCGACCGGGUGCUGGUGCUGCAUGCUGGGAAGGUGGUGGAGUUUGACACCCCGGCCGUUCUCUACCCGAACAGACCGCUCCAUCUUCCUCAGGCUGGUCGGUAGGAGAGGAGAGAGAGACGGCUAAAGAGACUCUAUGGAGGAUUUUGGAGCAGAGAAGCGGGGCAGUGCCUUGCUCCAGGGUUCUGUUUGACCUGGGAAGUGAUGAUGUGGGUUUGUGGAUAUCUUCUCCCCUUUAUGCUGACACUUAGCUUCUUUCAAUUGAUGCUCAAACAGCAGUAAUGGCGGAGUCAGCGAGAAGGAUUGUUGAUAUUUGUACUCCACACACUACCGUCCCUCUCGCUCCCGCUGCCUUUCUCUUUAUGCAUCCAUGUGCGCGAGCACGAACCCCGCCUCUUGCUGAUUGGCUGGAAGAGUGUUUUGCGGCUCGGUUGAAGACUCGGUUGAAGUGUAUUGGAUUAGAAUUGCUGACUGCACCCUUUAUCUGACAUUUUCCUGUUUUUCUUGUUGGAGGAAAAACUGUACUUCCCUUAAAUUACUUCUUCCCACGGUGGCUGAUCUCUUUACUUUUCUUUUUAAACUAUGAAGCAAUACCAAUCUGCACUGCAUAGGGGUCAAUCAAGCCUCUGUCCUGCUUAGAUAUGUUUUAAUGUAUUACUACAAGCAGGUAACGGGCAGCAGGCCUCACAUACGACUCUCUGUACUCGACCAUCGUCGUGCGGCCAUGUUUGUUGUUUUUGCUGAUUCAGGGGUUUGUGUGCAGCUGUUUCAGGGUUUAUCUGUGCUGUGUUUGUUCUCUCAUGUGUAUCCGUUACAAACAGCUGUGACUUCAUGUAUUCCUGACAUUUAUUUCCAAACUUGUGUCAACACGUAAACCUUUCAUUAUCCUGACUGUCGUGCUGUAACGAGGUGUUUUAGGGACGACACAGUGUGAACUGGAACCGACUGAUUGUUUUCCUCAUCGAUGAAUCGUCACAACGUCCAAGAGCUCAAUGUGAUCGCCCCAAAACAAUGAUUGCACUUUAGUUUAAGACCAUGUUUGAGUACGAACCAUCAAAUAUUAGCUUGAAAUAUGACUUAAUUAAUGGAUUAUAAUAGCGGCUGAUUAAUCAACGAAUCGUUGAAGCUCUAAUGUAAACUUUAGCUCAAAUACCGAAUGAGUGAGAAAAAACAUGUAUUACUACAUGCAUGUAUCAUGUUAAGAGCCACUGAACACACUAAGCUUACUGUAUGUGAAAUGUGAUAUAUUUAGAGAUAGUUCUGUAGUGUGUGUGUGUGUGUGUGUGUGUGUGUGUGUGUGUGUCUGAGGUCCUCCACAGUCAGGGUUCUGCUACAGUAGAUGGGUUUAUAGAGACGGACAGGAGAACCAGCACAAAGUAAUGUUCUGCUGAGGACGUACUUUAGACACAGACUCCAUCUACUGUAGUAACACACAGACUAUGGAUAGUAUGAAGUUCUUCAUAGGACCACACCCUUUAACACAAUCACAUGUGAAUGCUGUUCAUUUGAGAAGGAUUUCUUUUGUUGUUUUUUUCUUUUGUUUUCGUUUUGUCACUGAGGUUGCUUUACAAUGAAGGUCUUAAUAAAGCAGUUACUUUUCUAAUAAACGACGUUGUCUCACAGUUCUUCUGUAACAUCAGAGUCCAUCUGGAGUAAUCGUACCGGUUCCAGGUACGAUUACAUAAGGACUGUGGAGCCAGUGAGCUCUCUCUCCUUUGCUUUCCACCCAGAUUCACA